CCGAGGAGGCUGCGGGGCUCAGAGCCGGGGAGAUCGGACGAGCCUCACACCCAGCUCACGGAAGAUGAAUCUGGCCGACCACUUGUCCCCAGAGAUCCAGAGCAGCGUCGCCAUUGAAUAUCUGAAUGCCUCCGGACAGGCGAUGAAACGGAAAGUUAUCCGUAACGCCUUCACCUCGCUGGGACGCAAUGAGUUCCGGGAGCUGGUGCUGAUGGUCAGUGAUGGGAAGUUGCCCCAAAACUUCGUCCUGAGGCAGAUCCAGAUCUUCACCCGCUUCAUCCGAGAUGGGAAGAGCUCCAUCGUGCUGCGGCCGGACAACGUGCAGCUGCUGAUCUCCAACUGCCCCUCGGACAAGCUAAAGCACUUCAUGAAAACCCUGAUGAUAAAGCACGAGGCGGGGAAGAGCGAGAAGCCGGUGAACGAGCGAACGCGCCUAUUGUCGGGGCUCCCACGAGUGUUUGAGACGAUCAGCCCCAUCCAAAAGAAGGAUGUGGAGCAGGCGAAUGAAAUGAGGGCAAAGGUCAACACCCAGACCCCUGUGAAGGGGAAGGGGCUCAGUAACCGAGGACCCAAUGCUGCAAACCGAUGUCCGCAGAAACGACCGAGGACCGCAUCAUCCGAGAACAGCCUGCUUUCUGAGCUCCGUCCCAGCAAAAAGCAGCUCUGACCAUGGCCACAGCAGCUGCAGCUCUACGAGCAGUCCAUGAUCCUCAGCACCGUCCUCAGCGGGAAGAAUGUCUUCUUUACCGGAAGCGCAGGCACAGGGAAAUCUUACCUCCUGAAAAGGAUUGUUGGGGCGCUGCCCCCUAAAAGCACUUAUGCGACAGCGAGCACAGGGGUGGCCGCCUGUCACAUUGGUGGCACCACACUACAUGCCUUUGCAGGUAUCGGUUCUGGAAAGGCUCCGCUGGAGCAAUGUAUAGAGUUGGCCAAGAGGCCGGGGGUCCGUCAGCACUGGAUAAGUUGCCGACACCUGAUCAUAGAUGAGAUCUCCAUGGUGGAAGGAGAGUUCUUUGACAAGCUGGAGGCUGUCGCCAGGGUGGUCCGCGGGCGGGAGGAGCCUUUCGGUGGGAUCCAGCUCAUCAUUUGUGGAGAUUUUCUACAGCUUCCACCGGUGACUCAAGCCUCAAGUCAGACAAAGUUUUGUUUCCAGAGUAAAAGCUGGAGGAGAUGCCUUCACCUGACCAUGGAGCUGACGGAAGUGCGGAGACAGACGGACAAGAAGUUCAUCUCUCUGCUGCAGGCCGUUCGUCUGGGCAGAUGCACGGAGGAGGUGACCGCGCAGCUGCUACAGACCGGUAACAACACAAUCGAGCGGGACGGGAUCCUGGCGACGCGGCUCUGCACCCACAAGGACGACGUGGACCUGACCAACGAGCGACGAUUGCAGCAACUGUCAGGGGAGGUGCACAAAUAUGACGCUCUGGACAGUGACCCGAUGCUGGUGAAGACUGUGAACGCGCAGUGUCCUGCUGGAGAUCAGAUUCUGCUGAAGAAGGGCGCUCAGGUGAUGCUGACCAAGAAUCUGGAUGUCGCCCGAGGUUUAGUGAACGGAGCGCGAGGAGUCGUCGUCGGGUUUGAAGGAACAGAAAGACCGCUGCCUAAAGUGCGCUUCCUGUGCGGGGUCCUGGAGGUCAUCAAGCCGGAGCGCUGGGUAAUUAAAGCUCAUGGUGGGGUCUACCUGAGCCGGCAGCAGUUACCCCUGAAGCUGGCGUGGGCCAUUUCCAUACACAAGAGUCAGGGAAUGACGCUGGACUGUGUGGAGAUCUCCCUGUCACGGGUGUUUGAGAGCGGCCAGGCGUAUGUAGCGCUCUCCAGAGCUCGCAGCUUAGAGGGUCUCCGAGUAAUGGAUUUCGAUCCCAAGGCGGUAAAUGCGAAUCCCUACGUCCUCCAGUUCUACGCUAGACUAAAGAAGGAGCGAGCGCUGUACCAGACAUCUCUGGAUCCGUACUUGGGAGGAAAGGAGAAUAACUGAUGUCCUGUUCGCUUUUAUCUUUUUCCUGUGUAAUAUUAAUGUACAGAACAAAUUGGC